GUUAUUCAUUCAGACUGGUGAGUAUUUGUUAAAGGAUGGCUGUUGAUAGAAUUUGCAUGAGGGUAAAAGAAUGGGAUGAAGAUAAGCACAAAGAUGUACAGCUAAUGCCUGGAUAUUUUAAUGAGCAGAGCAAUCCAACGACUCUUAAUCUACUGGAAAGCAGCACAAUAAAUUCUUCAUCUUCUUCAUCUUCAUGUGGGUUAGAAUCUAUUGAAUCAAAGUUAAUAGAAGCUCAUAUGUUGGAUUUGGGUCAAGGCCAAUCCCUUCGUCCUGGGUUGGAUAAGCGUUUAGACUUUAAGACUGGAGCAGUGUAUUGCCUGAAUUCAGAAGGACGAAUUCGCCCAAGCUCUAUGACCUUUCCAAUGAAGGAAAUCUCUGGAUUCAACUUCAGUGAAGAAGAAGACAAAGGGCUCGAGCUUAACCUGGAUUUGUGUACCUCAAAUGCCCUAAAAUCUGAAAGGAAAAACAACUCGAACCAUAUAAAUGAUUGUAUUAAUGAUAAUAGUGUAUCAGAAGUUGAGUCUUCUUUGAGGCUUGUUGGGUGUCUUACAUGUUUAACGUAUUACAUGGUAUGUAGGAGAGAUGGGAGAUGUCCAAGGUGUAAGGGUACCUUCCUGCUAGACUUUCUCGGUGGAGGUUUGUCUUCUCCGUAAAUUAGGACAGUAAUUUGAAUUUUUCUUAGCUUUCGGUAGAUUCAUUGAAUAUUAUAACGAGUUGUUAUAACAUGGCUUAAUUUCAGAACAUGGUGUCAAUUGUUUUAGGGCUCCUAUUUUCCAUUUAGUUUGGAGAUU